AGUGCAUGAAAAAAAAAAGAGGAAGUUUGCAAGAUUUAAAGAGUGCAGCACUAAAGAACAUAUUAUAAUCUUGAUAGAUGUCACUGUUAAAAAUUCUACCUUGGUAGAAAGGGCUAUUUGAGAAAGUCUGCAAGCCAAGUAAAAUAUAGUGAAGAAGACAUAUACUGAACUGAACAACUCUGACACACGGUGUAUUGUGUUCCAGACCUGAAAGUUAAAAUAUCACAAUGAUCAUUCCUGUGCGGUGUUUCACUUGUGGGAAGGUAAUUGGUAACAAAUGGGAAGCGUAUCUAGGACUCCUUCAAGCUGAAUACACUGAAGGAGAUGCUUUGGAUGCACUUGGCCUGAAAAGGUACUGCUGUCGCAGGAUGUUGCUUGGACAUGUGGAUUUGAUUGAAAAAUUGCUUAACUACGCUCCUCUGGAAAAAUAAUUCUUAAGCUUUUCUUGGAGAAAUAAUUCAUGAGCAUCUUAAGUAUUCAUUGAAAUUUAUGGAUUCAUCCAUAAAUAUACUCAAUUAUGGUCCUCUAGAAAAAUAAUUCUUAAAAGCAUCUCUUGGAGAAAUAAUUCUUAAGCAUCUAUUGAAAUUUAUGGAUUCAUUCUUUAACCAAUUGCCAGACACAAUAUUGCAAAUUGGAAUUUUGUAAUAACAUGUUAUAGAAUUUGUUUCGUUCCUGUAAUAAUUAUGUAUUAAUAAUAAUAUAUCAUUAUACUAGUCUUCUUUGUAAUAAAAAAUAAAAAAGUUACUUGUGUA